AUGACUCCUAACAAAGUUUUCCAUUUGAUCAGCGAUCUCAAACCAUUUAAGGAUAAGUGGCGUGUUCAAGUGAAACUGAUUCACUCAUGGAUACAAAACCCACCUUAUGCUGAUGAAAGCUUAGAAAUGGUUUUAGCUGAUAUAACCGGUAAUAAGAUUCAAUGCUCAUGCAAGAGAUCUUGCAUUAAGCGUGUUCAACGUAGCCUUUCUCUUGGGAAAUGUAAGGUUAUUGAGAACAUGAAGAUUAGUGGAACAGGUGGGAAAUUUAAGCCAACCAAACUGAGCUAUAAGAUGAAUAUCAUUAACGAUACUGUCUUCACGGACUCAGAUCAUAAUGAUGAUAGCAACUUCUUGACUCUAACGAGUUUUGAAGAGAUUUUGGGUGGAAGUAUUGAUACGACCCGUCUAAUUGAAAUCUUGGGGCAAGCAGUUGAGAUAGGUGGAGUUCAGAUCAUCCAAGUCCACAAUGAGGAUAGAAAAAGGGUUCAGUUUCGCUUGCGAGACAACAGGCUCAGAGAUGCUGUACUUCCUCUUGUUGUUGUGGACCAAAACAAUGAAAAAUCCCCCAUUGUCAUUGAUGAUUGGGAUGAUGUAGGUAUCAUCAUGAUUUCCGAGUUACAUGAGACUACCCAGCUCGAGAAUGUGAAGAUCGUGUGUUCGAUUGAAGCAAUUGAUACUGAUUGGGCCUGGUACUAUUUUGCAUGUAAGAAAUGUGGGGAAAUAGUAACUAGAAUCAGUAGAGCAGCUAAACCUUUGUUCCGCUGUGCGAUUUGCAAAGCUAAUGUUUCUAAGGUGUUCCCAAAAUUCAAACUGCAUUUGAUUGCUGAAGAUGAUAGCGGAAAAUGUAAACUGGUGUUGCUUGGCACAAUUGCUCAGGAACUCAUCGGUUUUCAGGCAACCGAGCUUUGGGACGGUUCUUACGAUGAUGUGGAAAUUGAAACUGAAUCUGAGCCAGUGUCUCUUGUAGAAGGAGGUUCAUCCAGCAUGUCUUCUGAAAUGGUUAUGUUGGUGGAUGCUGAUAGUCACACAUCAUCGGGAGAUUGUAUGACUCCAUAUUCAAAAAGAAAGGAAAGUGACAAUGAUCUUCCAGACAUAACAUCUACUUCAAAGAAGAUCUGCACUGCAGCAGUAAAGACUGAAAAACCCUCGACUGAUUAG